AUUUUUGCCGCCAAACGCCAUAAGGUGCACAUUCGCGAGGAAGGUGAUAUAACAUAAUCUGAAAAACAAAACUCCAGCUCUCCAAGAACCAUGUUUGAAGCACGUCUUGUACAAGGUAGUCUUUUGAAGAAGGUGCUGGAUGCGAUAAAGGACCUUGUCACUGAGGCAAACUGGGACUGUUCCAACAAUGGAAUGUCAAUGCAAGCAAUGGACAGUGCUCAUGUCAGCUUGUGUUUUAUCGACCUCAACGCCGAUGGUUUUGAUCCAUUCCGAUGUGACAGAAAUCUGACACUGGGUCUGAAUAUUGGAAACCUUUCAAAGAUCAUGAAAUGUGCAAGCAAUGAUGAUGUGGUCACAAUCCGAGCGGAGGACAAUGCUGAUGCUGUUAAUUUAAUUUUCGAAAGCCCAAACCAGGAAAAGGUGUCUGAAUAUAGUAUGAAACUAAUGGAUAUUGAUGCAGAAACACUUGGAAUUCCUGAAACAGAAUACUCAUCCAUCGUAAAAAUGCCAUCUGCAGAACUACAGAGAAUAUGCCGAGAUCUCAGCCAAAUUGGUGAUUCUGUUACAAUAACAUGCACAAAGGAAGGUGUAACAUUUUCAUGCAGUGGGGAUCUUGGAAGUGGAAAGAUUAAUCUAAAACAGAAUUCCAGCAUUGACAAUGAAGAUGAUCAAGUAUCCAUUGAACUUCACGAAGCCUGCAGUCUUACCUUCGCAUCUCGUUAUCUGAACUUUUUUACCAAAGCAACCCCAUUAUCAACAACUGUCACCUUGUCACUAAAGGCUGAAGUACCAUUAGUCGUGGAAUAUAAAGUUGGUGACAUUGGUUCAAUAAAAUUCUACCUUGCACCUAAGAUUGAUGAUGAAGAGGUUGAAAAUACACAAUAAAAG